CCAUUUUUGCACACACUAAUUACUCACAAAAACACCUUUUUAAUGGGUUUUCCACUAGGCUAUACAGAUCUCAAUUUCCCCAAAUUACUUCUCCAUCUUCUUUCAAUUCUAUUCUUCAUCAGAAAACUCAUCUGUAAUCUCUUCACAAUUCUCGGUCUCCCCGAUUUCCUCGAACCCGACUUUCCUUACCCGACCCGACCCGGAGAAGAGAAUACCCGGUUGUGUUCGGUGUCGGCGGCGAUAAUCCGAGAGAUAUUACCGGUAGUGAGGUUUUCCGAAAUAGUUGACCCGCCGGAGAGCUGCGCGGUUUGUCUUUACGAGUUUGAUUCCGGCGACGAGAUCAGGAUGUUGAUGAAUUGUCGACACGUGUUUCACCGGAGCUGUGUGGACCGUUGGAUGGAUCAUGAUCAGAAGACGUGUCCACUUUGUAGGAAGGAAUUUGUACCGGAGGAUAUGAUGGGGAUUUUUAAUGAGAAGUUGUGGUUGGCUUUUGGGGUUAAUGAUUUUUGUGAGGAGUAG